AGGAGCGUACGGACCGCUUUGCGCCCCAGCCGCCGCUGUUUAGCCACAGGGGCGCCCACGCAUAUUUGGAACUGGUGGUGAGAGAAGCCAGCAACUCCGAUAUAUUGUAUUGAUGACAUUUUCUUGUAAAAAAAAAAAAAAAAACACACAUGGAUGGAUUUUGUCAACUCUGACUGUAAGCAGAUAAGACGACUGUCGAGGGACUACGGCAAGCGGAUUCUUUAACAUACACGUAGUUUCUAGACUUUGCUUUCUUCCACCAGCCCCAGUUCCUUUGGUUACGUUGAGUCAUCUGGUAUUUGCGCACCGAUUUACUUUCCUAAGAUACCUGUCUACAGAUCCACUGACGAUCCAGUAGCGACAGACUUCGCUGUUUUAAAGGAUGCUCUUUGUCUGGUCGUUUUUGCCCCGCACAAUUUGGAUUGUUCUAACCACAAUUACAGAAAGACCAUUCUGAAUCGUUUUAAAACAAAAGUUUGGUGGUUAAAAGCACAAAGGACGAUAAAGCCGUUACUUAUUUUUGGAUUGUCUAACACCAUUCGGGAUGGAGAUUGUAGGAAUGUACCUGUUUCAGGUGGCUUUUAUAGGGCUCCUGUGGGAGGCGCUGUGCGGGGAGAAGGACUGCCUGCUGGCGGGGGACUCCUGCUCCAGCGACGAGGCCUGCAGCCCCAGGCUGCGGACGCUGCGGCAGUGUGUGGCGGGAGACGGGAGCAUGAAGCUGGGCCCCAGCGCCCGGAGCCACUGCGAGAACGCUGUGAGCGCCCUGCUCUCCAGCCCCCUGCAGGGCUGCCAGUGCAAGCGUGGCAUGAAGAGGGAGAAAAACUGCCUCAGCAUCUACUGGAGCCUGCACCAAUCAGUGCUGCACGGGCUCAGUCUGGUGGAGAGUUACCCAUAUGAAGCGGUGGAGAAGGGCUACGACUAUGUCCGCCUCGCAUCCAUCGCUGCGGGAUCCGAGGCCGGCAUGACGACGGUGAACCGUUGCCUUGACGCGGCGAAGGCCUGCAACGUUGACGAGACGUGUCAGAAGCUGCGGACGGAGUACGUCUCGGCCUGCAUCAAACCCUCCACCGCCAAAACCGCCGUGUGCAACCGGCCGCGGUGCAGCAAGGCGCUGAGGAAGUUCUUUGACCGCGUCCCUCCGGACUACACGCACGCGCUGCUGUUCUGCCCCUGCUCUGACACGGCCUGCGCAGAGAGACGCAGGCAGACCAUCGUCCCCGGCUGCUCCUACGACGACCGCGACCGGCCAAACUGCCUGGCCCAGCUGCGUGUCUGCAAGGCCGACUACGUCUGCAGGUCUCGAUGGGCCCAGUUCCACUACGACUGCCAGCCGUCCGCCAACUCCGCCAACGGCUGCAAACAGGAGAACUACGGAGCCUGCCUACUGGCCUAUACCGGCAUGAUCGGAAGUACAAUCACUCCGAACUACCUGGACAAUUCCACCUCCAAUGUGGCACCCUGGUGCAGCUGUUCAGCCAGCGGGAACCAGAAGGAACAAUGUGGCGAAUUCCUGGCCUAUUUCACCGAUAACAUCUGCCUGAAAAACGCCAUCGCUGCUUUUGGAAACGGGUCAGACACGAGCCCCACCCCCAGUCCAGCAGGACCACCCAGCUCAGGGGGGACAGAGCUACAGGACCUGAGCACCCCCACCGCCCCCCCUGCUGCUGCCAUGGAAACGGAGACCGGUGUCCUGAGCAAGCUCAUACCCACACAGGCCACGGAGAAGGACCGCUUUUGGGGCGACUCCACCCUCCCCUCCGAUGGCCUCUCUGACCAGGCGUCUAGCCACGCCCCCGGCCUCUUUCCGAGCUGGAGCUGGCUGCUGCCUGCACUGCUUACACUCUGCCACCACUAGAGGGCACUGCCGCAGCCCUGAGACUGGACUCUG